UUCCAAUCCAGACAAAAGGAAGGGCAUCGGAUCCACGGCGGCGCGCACUCAGCCGAGCAUCUGAGCACCUUGGAGACGCAACCGGGCUUUGAUACGACGCACAAGAACGCACCGGCACACCGACGCACGCGCCCUCCCAGAUCCACCUGAAACCUCCAGGUCUGCUUAAUUGUCCUGUUUGAAAGCCGAGGAAAGGCACUGUGAUCCCCGGGUUCAGUAGCAGCCAGAACACCGUGUUCCCAUGAUGUCAUACCUGUGGAUUCUGCUAUUAGGAAGCCUGCUGGCCGCGAGCGCCAAGGCACAAGAUGAUGUAGCAACAACAGAGGAAGUCCCAGCCCCUGAAGCCUCCGAGGAACCGACCCCCGAAGCAGAGGCAGCAGCAGACGUUGCCAAUGACGAGGAAACUGAACUCGUAUCUGAGGAAGUGCAUCCGACCAAAAUUGAGCCUGAGCCCACUCCUGACACCGAAGCCAUUGGUGAAAUCGAGCCCACUGAUGGACCUCAUUCAGUGACAGAGGGAGACACCGACCCUGAAGCUGGGAAUGCUGAACCAACUCCUGCAGAUGAAGACACUGAGGCAGGGCAUACUGCAGCAGCAGACACAGAGGAGGAAGCAACUACACAAGAGCCCGCAGCUGAUCCAGAGCCUGCAGCUGAUCCAGAGCCUGCAGCUGAUCCAGAGCCUUCAGCUGAUCCAGAGCCUGCAGCUGAUCCAGAGCCUGCAGCUGAUCCAGAGGCUGAACAACCAACAGAGAAAGACGACGACGAGCUGACUACCACAAGCGACGACACCACUCCCAUUCCUGAGAAGGUGGUACCAGCAGCAGAUCCAGAUGAUGCAGGUCGUGAGGAAGAGCCAACUGAAGCAGCUGACAAAGACGACCAAACAGCCGUCCUCAUCCCUGAAAUUACACAUGAUGCCGCUGCACCUAAACAGAAUGCAGAUUCAGGAUUCAACUUGGAAGAUGCUCUGCCAGAGGGUCCUGCCGUGGAAAACCCAGCUAAGCCCGGAAAGAGCCGCAGUCUGGACCCUGGGCCAAAAUCUGCUGGCGCCACAGGAGAUGCAGACAAACCUGAUGCCCAAGAGGGCGGCUCCAGCUCUUUAGCAGGCAUCCUGUGUGCUGUCGUAGUUGCCGCAGUCGGAGCAGCUGCCGGUUACAUGGCCUAUCGGAAGAAGAAACUGUGCUUUAACAACAGACAGGAAGCAGAUCCGGAAGCUGCACGUAAAGCUAAUGCAGCAGAGGCCCAGUCCGAUCCCCAGGUCCUUAGCAACCUGCUGAACUCCUCCUAGACCAGCGACAUCACAAAACCGCCUGGAACAACUACCGGCAAGCAGAGUGGCAACUCACUGUUCAGCUCUAUUAUGUGUGGAGCUAAAUUACUGUGAGGCCCCACAGUAGGGCAGUGUGUGUGUGUGUGUGUGUGUGUGUGUGUGUGUGUGUGUGUGUGUGUGUGUGUGUGUGUGUGUGUGUGUGUGUGUGUGUGUGUGUGUGUGUGUGUGUGUGUGUGUGUGUGUGUGUGUGUGUGUGUGUGUGUGUGUCUGUUUUUAAUGUGUGUGCAUGUGUGUCUGAAUGAGUGUGUGCGUGUCCGUGUGUGUGAACAAGCAUUUGUGUGUUCAUUCUUGUGUGUUUGGGUAUAUGGUAGGGGGGGAGCGAGUAAGAGAGUGGGUAAAGUAAGUAGAAAUAUGUGAACCUUAGGGAUGUUGUGAUUGUUAAAACAUAGGAAUUUAUUAAAAGAAUUGGUCAACUCUCUACUUUAAACAGACAGGACACUAUGAGAUUCAAUCUCAAAUGUAGUAUGACCAUAAGAUGGCUCAAUUAUGGAACUACUUUUUUUCAUAUGGCUACUACAGAGCUCUAGUAAUUAAUAUAAACCAGUGACCAAAACUUUAUACUCCAUAAUCGGUGACUUUUUUUCUGCUUAUACCGUCAUAAUUUGAGCCAUCCAUGUGAUCAAACAAAGAAAAAAUCCUGGAAACGAGUCACUUAAAAUGAAACAUAUGUCAAACAUAUUGUCUUAUUCAUAGUAACUGUCUGCAGCACAAACGCAGGGUAAAUGGAUAACAGGGGGCUUUUAAUAACUACCACUGUAUCUCCUGGAUCCUUGGGGGAAAAAAAUAAGAAAAAAGAAUUAUAAUCCAAGGAUUAUGGUGAUGCAGUUACAUGGUCCAAUGUGUUUUUAGUGGGCCACAGAUGUCACUGUAUGUGUGCUUGUUUUUGUGUGUGUGUCCUUUUUUAAUUGGUGAAGGGGCUUAGUUUUUUUAUCCUGUUUGACGAUCAACACUUCUCAGUCAGUUUAGUUGAGACGGGGGGGGGGGGGGGCAUUUGCAAUAAUUUACAACAACAACAAAAAACAAUAAGGAAAAAUCUGAUAUGUCAUUGAAAAUUGAUUAAAAUAUUCACAAACGUUUAUUUGAUAUAUACUCUCCCUGUUGGGAAAUAAGGAGAGAGAGAGACAACAUCAAAAUUCACUGAGUUGAAGUGAAUUCCAGCCUUUUGUCGAGAGUCUACCUGACAUUGACAAGCUCAAAAGAGAUCGUGUAAUAAUGUACAAGACAAUAUUCUGAUGUAGUCUGUGUGUCAGUCUAGUUGUGAUGCAGUCAUUUCUCCUCUCUAGUGCCUUUCACUGACACAGCCUGGCUUGAACAAUCUACAGACACAGAGAGAGCUGGGGCGAUGGAAGUGAAAAGAGGCAACAUAGUAGAUGAAUGUAAUUUAAAUAUAUUAGCCAGAAAAAAACGGAGGAAUGUAUGAUCUAAAAUCCAUUCAUAAAUGAUCAUGUUGGUUAGUGAGAAGCCUCACCUUGAAGUGCUCAUGUAUGUGAAACUGUUACAUUCAUGUGACAGCUGCUGUAUAUGUGUUCACAGUGAGCCAGCAGGCUGUUUUUAUUUUUAGUACUUUUAUAUUUACCAAUAACGCAUUCCAAACUCCAUUUAUAUCAGCGCUAAAAAAAAAAGAAGUCUCCUCGUUAUGUGUCUCUUUCUUUGAGCAAGCCAGUUGCUGUCACAGUGGUUUUUGUAUCAUUCAUAUUUCCAUCCUCCUGUGAUUUUUUAUAGGAAUUUUACAUUUUAGCAGUGGUGCCUCAGAGCUGACACAGAUAGUCUCGAGUCCACUUGUUUGCUGUGGUAUUUUGUGAAUAUUAUUGUGAAAUGCCUCAGAAGCAGCGCUACUGCAUUUAGAAAAAAAUAAUACAAAAAAAAAAAGCCAGCCAUUUUCCUUUUUUUUUCCUGCAGCUGUAGCACAAAAAUAUAAACUUCUGAAUGUCUUUCUGUUGCCUUGCAGUUUUUUGUACUUGCUCUGCUCCCUUUAAACUUUCAAAUAGGGUCAUAGAGUUUCUGCGUCAUGCUGCACUUCAUGUAAAGUGUGUUACUUGUAAAGCAUCAUAUAGCUGCAAUACAGGACAGAGACUGUUGCAAACAGCCUUGCCUCAAGCUGAGAAAUAUUAAUUAUCCGUGAUGAUGUCACAUAUCAACUUAACCUACUGUAUCAACUGUGGGCCUGGUCGCAGGAUCUUAGCUCCGCCUUCUUAUCCUGUAAUCGGUGAUAGACUGAGUUUCUCUCAACACAUUGGGACCAAGUGGAAAGUGUGCCAGAUUAUCUCACUGCAUCUGCAACAAUAGCAUGGAGUUAUAAUGCACAAGAUACCCGUUAAAUAAGAAGUACAAGCUUUCAGAUAAAAAGCCGCUGAUGCCUUCAAAAACCCACAAUCCUUUAAAAACAGAAGCACUCUGCUGAUCUGCAGUGCACAUUCACAAACCUUCCUGGGACUGAUUUCAUGUCAAUGAGGACUGAAACAACAACACAUUUUAAAAGGGAAGGGUAAUUAGGACAACUUUUGUUUUGCGCAUUGUGGUGACAAACAGUCGGAUUCCUUGUGAACACAGAUAACUGGAGCAUAUAGCAUCCAAACAAGAAUGUAAACCGAGGAAAUUGAAGACUUAUUGGGUCCUGAAGUGUACUUUCUAUUCACUCUAAGGCAUCAGUAAAAGCCCUGACCAGUCCUGCCUUAAACUGCUUCUGAAACAUAUAAGAGAGGUCACAAUGAACAGCAUCAUUAUCAGAAACAAGCAUUGAAACAGCAGGUGAUUUUAAUAACCCCAUCUCUACGGGAGAAGCACUUUCCUAUCCUGUAUACAUCUUGAUUCAUUAAACAUAUUUAGACAAUUCAUGUUUGAUUUAGGUAAGUGAUUCUUCCUUUUUAUUUAAAUGGUUUUUUUUUUGAGUGUCUUCUUUUUUUUGUCAUCUGGCACUUGUGUUGUUCUUCUGGAAUUGUGUAAAUAAUGUUUGAGGAGUCAAUUAAACAGUUUUCGUGGGA